UUAGAACCCAUGCGUAUUUCAUUGUUAGAGCAAUCACAAAACCAACGUGUGCCAUUGCUUUAUACUUUCAAAAGCCGCUCUUCUCUGCUUCUGCUUCUGCUUCUGCUUCUCACAACUUCAAAAGCACACAGUAAAAGACUUCAGUUCUCUCAUGGCUUCAAUUUCAGGACCUGAAAACCCGUCGCCAAACAUUUACAUACCGCCAGAAUGGUCCGACGCCGUCGCACACGCCUCCGUCGCUUCGCCGCCGCCCAUUGUCUUAGUCUGUGGCGCCAAGAACUGUGGAAAGUCCACCUUCUCCCGCUACCUCCUCAACACUCUUCUCCACCGGUAUAAGAAAGUUGGGUACUUGGAUACUGAUGUGGGUCAACCUGAGUUUAGUCCUCCUGGGUUUCUAUCUCUUACUGUGGUAGAUGAAGUCACUCCAGAUUUGACAAUCCCACAUAUGAAGACGGCGGAGAGAUGUUUGUUCUUUGGCGAUGUUUCUUCGAAAAGGAAUCCGACAACAUACUUAAAUUGUAUAUGUGCUUUAUAUGAUUACUAUCGGAAGGAGUACUGCAACAGUGAUAACUCUAAUAAUAUUGGAUUGCCUCUUGUUGUGAAUACACCUGGAUGGGUGAAAGGUAUUGGUUAUGAUCUUUUGGUGGAUAUGUUGAAGUAUAUUGCCCCUACCCAUGUUGUUAAAAUAAACAUAUCUGCUCAGAGUAAGAAUCUACCAGAUGGGCGAUUCUGGUUAGAUGAGGAUUAUGAUGGUAUGGUAAAUCUAACAGAGAUCAGUUCAGCUCGUCAGGACUCUUUGAAUAGAUCGGUUCUAGUCCAAAAGGAUGCACGGCUGCUGCGCGAUAUACGUUUAAUGGCUUAUUUCAGGCAGUGCUUUUCAAGUAACUUGAACAUUUCUACAAUCAAAGAACUUGCGAAUGCUUUGGCAUCUCACCCUCCUUAUGAAGUUCCAAUAUCUAGCAUUAAGAUUAGACAUCUCCAUUGUCAGGUCCCAGGUACUGAGAUCUUCUAUAGUUUGAAUGGAAGCAUUGUUGGCUUGGCAGUUAGCUCUGAAGGCUCAAAAGAUUUACCAUGGUGUGUUGGUCUUGGAAUUGUGAGGAGCAUUGACACACUCAAAGGCUUGCUAUAUGUGAUAACACCUGUUCCACAAGGCACGCUGGAAAAUGUUGAUCUUCUGCUGCAGGGUUUUAUCCAAAUUCCUACUAGUUUGUUGCAGGUCCAGGGGAGCAGAUCGCCUUAUAUGUCUGCAAAUGUUUUGUCUUCAAGCUAGCUCCUUCACAGUUGCCUGGGUUUCAUCAAAAUGACCUCCUUGAUUAGGCUAAGUAGUUACUGUGUAUGCAAGAGAUGAGGAAGUAGUAACCUUCGGGCAGCCUGUUUUAUGUAAUGCAAUAAAUCUUAUGAUAUAGUUAUAUAUUUGAACCAAAGAAUUUACUCA